ACCAUUAAUAUUAUUAUUUCUCUCGUCACAUCACUUGCACCUGUUACCGGAGCAAAUCGUAUUCUCCAGGUUGUGCAUGUAAAAUUGCAAGAGAAAAAAUAUUAAAAUGUCGCAAACUGUAACAUUUCCAAAUGGCCGGAAAAUGCCAUUGGUUGGUCUUGGAACGUGGUUAGCUACAAACGAGCAGGAAAUUGAGACUGCGGUGAAUGAGGCUUUACAGGCUGGAUAUCGUCAUUUCGAUACAGCUUACAUGUACACUAACGAAAAAACCAUUGGAAGAGUUUUGAAACAAUGGAUUGAUUCUGGAAAAAUCACACGAGAAGAGCUAUUCAUCGUCACAAAACUACCAAUGAUUGGAAAUACUCCCGAGAAAGUUGGGCAUUUUGUACAGUUGCAAUUAGAAGCUUUGCAACUGGAUUAUUUGGACUUGUACUUGAUUCAUGCCCCAAUUGGGUUUAAAUAUUCCAACGAUACGGAACUUGUCCCAAAAGGACAAGACGGAAAGAUUGCGAUCGACAUGUCGACAAACCUUGAAGCCAUCUGGACUGAAAUGGAAGCCCAAGUCAAUUCUGGCAAAAUAAAAUCCAUCGGAGUCUCCAACUUUAAUUCAAAGCAGAUUGAACGAAUCGUUAAAAUUGCAAAAGUACCUUUAAGCAACAUCCAAGUCGAACUGUAUGUCUAUUUCCAACAAAAGGCUUUGAGGGAAACUUGUGCAAAGCAUAAUAUUACAGUAUGUGCAUACGGUCCGCUAGGAUCACCAGGUCGUGGUGCUUUGUACGCGUCACGGGGGGUAACUUUUGAUGCUCAAAACCCAAUGGAGGAACCCGUUGUGAAAGAAAUUGCUAAAAAACACAAUAAAACCCCUGCCCAGAUACUUUUGCGAUUCCUUGUUCAGCAUAAAAUUGUUGUGAUUCCUAAGAGCACCAACCCGCAAAGGCUCCGCCAAAAUAUUGAGAUUUAUGAUUUUGAACUGAGUUCAGUGGAUAUGGGACGCCUGGAAGCAUUGGAUCGUGGGGAUAAAGGGCGAACAUUUGGUCUGGAUAGUUUCCCAGGCGUCGACAAGCAUCCCGAAUGUCCCUACCUACUUAAAUAACCAUUUUAUCAUUUCAAAAAUUUGAAGAUAUGAAAAUAAGUUUCACCAACAGUUCUUGAAUAAAGUACAGAUAUUGUGGAAAUCUUA